CAUUUCGCCCAUUUGCCAUAAACAUACUGAGACCGAGAUCAGAGAUGGAGCUGUUGUGCAACGCCCCACCGCACGCCUCGGUGCCUGACAGGUACGUCUUCCCGCCUGAGAAGCGCGCCGUCCUGCAGCUAGACGACGACGACGUCACCCUCCCCGUCGUCGACCUGCACCGCACCGCCCUUUCCGGCGACGACGGCCUCCGCCAGCGCGUCGCCGCAGAGAUCGUCCGGGCCGGCAAGGACUUCGGCUUCUUCCAGGUAGUGAACCACGGCGUGGGGGAGGAUGUGGUGAGGGGGUUUCGUGACGCGGCAUCGGAGUUCUUCGCGAUGCCGGCGGAGAAGAAGCUCCCCUACUGCUCCAACGACCAGAGCAAGCCCUUCCGGCUCGCCACCAGCACCACCUACGACCGCGGCGAGACGCGGUACUGGCUCGACUACCUCAAGCUCCAGUGCCACCCGGUGACAGACGAGGUCGUCCAGCACUGGCCAACCGAACCAACGAGCUUCAGGCCGCGCCUCGCCGAGUUCUCCGAGGCGGUGCACGAGUUGGCCCAGACGCUACUGCGCCUCGUCGCAGAGGGUCUCGGCCUCGGCGCCGACUUCUUCGCCGGCGACCUUAGUGGCGGCGACACUCAAAUGAACGUCAACUACUACCCGCCGUGCCCAGACCCGAGCCUCACACUCGGCCUCCUUCCGCACUGCGACCGCCACCUCCUCACCGUCCUCUCCCAGGGCGAUGUGGCGGGCCUCCAGGCAAGGCACAGUGGGCGGUGGCUCCUCGUCCGCCCUAUCCCCGGCGCACUCGUCAUCAACUUUGGCCACCAGAUGGAGAUCAUCACCAACGGCGCACUAGCCAGCGUGGAACACCGCGCUGUAACCAACUCCGACAGGACAAGGAUGUCGGUGGCAACUCUCAUCAUGCCCAAGAUGGAGUGCCGUAUCGGCCCGGCGCCGGAGAUGGUGGACGAGGCCACGAAUCCUUCCAAGUUCAGGGAGUUCGUGUUUAGUGAGUUUAUGGAGGCGUAUUACACCGCCGCGGCUAGCAGGGAGGAUGUGCUCGAGUCCUUCAGGAUACACAAAAACUAGGUUGGGGACUACGACUAUCAACAUCCGGCUGAUCGAAUUAGAUACACAACACAAGUUUUAAACGGUCUGAAAACAUAUUAUGAUGAUUCUGAACUUCUAGAAUUUAUUUCCUACAAUAUAUACUCGUCGAAACAUAAAAGCGUUGUAAGCUCUAAGUUUACGGUUUUCAUAUAAUUACUACUCAGAUCGCAAA